AUGGCUUCUUCUAUUCCUGGUCCUCGACCUUUACCCGAUUCCCCCGACGACUUGACCACUUAUUGGGGCCGCGUCAAACAUUGUGCUGGUCUAAGUGAUCCUCGAAUGCUUCUCAAUACCUCCAAGGAUAUUGAAAAUGCAAAGGAUCUCAUUUCCCAGUAUCGCAAUGGCAUCCUGCCACCCACAAUGACACCCGAGCUUUGGCACGCCAAACAAAUACUGGACUCGACUCUGCACCCGGACACCGGUGAGCCAGUUUUGUUGCCGUUCCGCAUGUCGUCCUACGUACUAUCCAACUUGGUGGUGACUGUGGGCAUGUUGACCCCUAAUCUAGGCACUGCUGGAACUCUUUUCUGGCAAAUUGCAAACCAAUCGCUUAACGUGGCCGUUAACACUGCCAACGCAAACAAAUCGCACCCCCUCACAACUACUCAACUUGUCACAUCGUAUCUGCUUGCUGUUUCUGGGUCUUGUGGUGUGGCUCUUGGUCUUAAUGCCAUUGUCCCCCGCUUACGCUCCAUUUCCCCCAGCACCCGUACCAUUCUGUCUCGUCUGGUACCCUUUGCUGCUGUCGUUACUGCCGGUGUUGUUAACGUAGGGCUAAUGCGUAGCGGAGAAAUCAGAAAGGGAAUUUCGGUUUUUCAUACAAACCCAGAAACCCAUGAAGUUACAGAUCUCGGUAGAUCUAAAGUGGCUGCGAAGUAUGCCGUCGGUGAAACCGCAUUGUCCCGAGUCAUCAAUGCAACACCCAUCAUGGUCAUCCCACCGCUCAUUCUUGUUAAGCUGCAAAAGGGCUUUCUCAAGGGCAAGUCUCGUUUUGCUGAGACUCUGGUAAACCUUGGACUUAUCACAAUCACGUCAUUUGCUGUGCUGCCUUUUGCUCUGGCCAUUUUCCCCCAGACCAAAACAAUUUCUGUUAAACAUCUGGAGGACUCGUUCCACGGAAUUAAAGACAAAAAUGGUAAUGAAAUCAAGCAGGCUUGGUUUAACAGAGGCAUGUAA